AUGGCCCGCGCACUCAGCGCACCAUCCAACCUCCCGUCACUCGUCAAGACCACGUUUGCAAAGGCCCUCUCGGGAGGCGACCUGCAUUACUUCCCGACAAAGGUCACCGUCCUACCCGUCAACUCGGUCCCCUUCCAACUCCGCUUCUCGCCAGCACUCGCCAGCAAGCCCAAACCACCACCGCAGCAAGAUGCGUCACCGUCCCCCAACCAGCCGUCUGAUCCGUUUGCCAACCCCCCGCCGGCACUGUACAUUGCCGACGUCGGCCCAUCGCACUACCUGGUGCUCAACAAGUUCGCCAUAGUACCAGAGCACUUCAUCCUCGCCACAAAGGAGUUCAAGCAGCAGACCGACGCGCUGGAAGAGGCCGACCUGGAGGCCACGCUCGCGUGCAUAGAGGCAUUCGCGCGGGCCGACGGCGAAGGGCUGUUCGCCUUCUUCAACAGCGGCGAGCACUCGGGCGCCAGCCAGCCCCACAGGCACAUCCAGCUGCUCCCCAUUGCCAGGAUGCGCGACGGGCUGGUGUCAGGAGACGACGACGGCCACGCGCCGUGGGACGUCUUGGCGCACGACGGGGGGCGUCUCGAGCAGGCGCCGUUUGCGGUGUUCUCGGAGCCCAUAGCGCCGGGCAUGUCGGGCGCCGAUGUACACGGCGCGUAUGUGCGUUUGUGCGGGCGGGCGCGCAGGGCCGUCGGCGAGCGGGCGCCGCGUGAGGGCGAGAUGAGCUACAACAUGGCCGUGACGAGGAACCGGCUCGUGAUUUGCCCGAGGCUGGCGGAGGGCGCGGCGGUCUGCGGCCGGGGGGGGCAGGACGUGGGCCGGCUCGCGCUCAACGGGACGGUGCUGGCUGGCACGGCGCUGGUCAGGAGCGAGGACGAGUGGGAGGCGCUGCGGGCGAAUCCUGGCUGUCUGGCGGAUGUGCUGGGGAAGAUUGGGCUGCCGGGACAAGUCUAG